AAAAUUAAAUUGAACAAUGUGGAAGUCUCGUUGAUACAGGGGCAGAUGUGUCAACUGUAAAAAACAGCAUUUAUAAAAAAUUGGUGAAUGUGGACAUGCAAAAGUGUCAAUCGUGGUCUGGGUAAAAGAAAUAUUACGCCAUUGGGUAUUGUUACGGGCUUGGUUAAGGUUGAUGAUGAUGAAGUUCAACAAAGUUUUGACGUGUUGUCAGAUGAUAAAAUAGAGUACGACGCUUUGCUUGGUUUUGAUUUUGCCUCCAAGUUUUGUGAUACACUGAACGCGAAUGGGUUUACGCUUUCACAGUUAUCGGAACAGCAAGAGUGUGCUGAAAUAAAUCAGAUAAUUCAAGCCAUUAAUACAGUCAUCAAUAAAGGAGUGUCGACCAAUCCAGGCAGAAGUUGA